AUGAGGCUAUGGCUAAGAGGACUGGUCCUCCAGGCUCUGAGAAAUGCCUGGGCUAUCUGUGCGUCUCAUGGGCAGCUGCCGCCUCUACCUGUCGCUCAGAAGAUUGUGGUCACCUGGGAAGUCAUCAGCCUGGGCAGGCAGCCAGUGUCUGAGUACUUCAACUUUGCCCAUGACGUGCUGGACGUGUGGAGUCAGCUGGAAAACGCUGGUCACCGGCCCCCAACCCCUGCCUUCUGGUGGGUCCAUGGCAUGGGAGCAGAGGUCAGGAGCUUUGAGGAGUUGGGAGAGCAGUCCAGGAGGGCAGCUAACGUGCUGGGGGGCACGUGUGUCCUGCAGCCUGGAGACAGAAUGAUGCUGGUGCUCCCUCAGCUCCCGGAGAGGCGGCCGGUCAGUGUGGCUUGUAUGCGGACAGGGGCCGUCAUGAUUCCCGGCAUCUCUCAGCUGACAGAGGAGGACCUCAAAUUCUGGCUGCAGACAUCCAGGGCCAAGUCCAUUAUCACCCGUGACUCCCUGGCUCCACGGGUGGACGCCAUUAGCGCCAGCGGCCCCUCCCUCCAAACCAAGCUGCUUGUGUCGGACAGCACAGUACCCACUUUUGUAUUUUACAGGGAGGCGUCAACAGAGAACAACUGUGAGAGGACCAGGAGUCAAGAGCCGCCGGCCAUCUACUUCAUAAGUGGCACGACUGGGGCCCCCAAGACGGUCAAGCACGGCCAGGCCAACUAUGGACUGAGUUUUGUGGCUAGUGGAAGGUUCUGGCUGGAUUUGACCCCUUCGGAUGUCAUGUGGAAUACCUCACACAGAGACACAGGCUGGGCAAAAUCUGCAUGGAGUAGUGUUUAUUCUCCAUGGAUCCAGGGAGCAUGUGUAUUUGCACAUUAUUUGCCACGGUUUGAGCCAACUUCCGUCUUGCAAACACUUUACAAGUUUCCCGUCACAGUCUUCUGUUCAGCACCAACUGCAGAUAGAAUACUUGUGCAGAAUGAUAAGACCAGAAACUAUAAGUUCAAAAACUUAAAGCACUGUGUAAGUGCUGCAGAGUCAAUCAACUCUGAAGUGACUGAAAAAUGGAGAAACAGGACAGGUCUAGAUAUCCACGAAGGAUAUGGACAGACUGAAACGGUACUAAUCUGUGGAAAUUUUAAGGGAAUGAAAAUUAAGCCUGGCUCAAUGGGAACGCAGGCUCCGGACGCGCAGAUUUUAGAUGCAAAUGGCAAUGUUCUACCACCUAGACAAGGAGAUACUGGCAUUCGAGUUCUACCUAACCGACCAUUUCGCCUUUUUACACAUUAUGUGGCUAAUCCUACAGAAACAGCUUCAACUCUACGAGGCAAUUCCUAUAUCACUGGGGGGGGCUAUACGGAUGAGGAUGGACAUUUCUGGUUUGUUGCAAGAGUGGAUGAUAUCAUAUUAUCCGCUGGUUACUGAAUUGGACCGUUUGAGAUAGAAAGUGCCCUGAUUGAGCAUUCUGCACUUGCAGAGUUAGCUGUCGUCAGCAGCCCAGACCCCAUCAGAGGAGAGGUAGUAAAGGCUUUUAUUGUUCUGAACCCUGAUUAGAAGUCAAACGAUCAAGAACAACUGAAGAACGAGAUUCAGGAGCAUGUAAAAAGAACUACAGCACCUUACAAAUAUCCCAGGAAGGUAGAAUUUAUUCAAGAGCUGCCAAAGACUAUUAGUGGGAAGAUAAAAAGAAAUGAACUGAGGAAGAAAGAAUGGGAAACAAUUUAAAUUCAUUACUUAUCAUGAUAUCUAUAAAAUAAGGCUCUGUAAAACCACAAGAUUAUGAAAAGGUGAUUUAAAAAUGUGACAGUAUGCUUAUAAAUUAAUUGAUUUUAAAUAUCUUGUGGUUAUAACAUCACAGGCUGAAUUCUGAAAUAAAAUAUUCAGUAAAUUCCUCUGC